UGCCGGUGAAAGCCUCUCGCUACGUACUGGCUAAUGAUUGGCACGCUUGACAGUGAUUGGCAGCGCUGCCAUGGCAACGGCGCAGCGACACCAAGAAGACCAAUAGAAAAGGGAAACAAAAUGUUUCAAUGCUACACUCAACGGCGGAUUUAGGGGGGAGAUAUUAUGAGGCUGGUGUCAUUAGGCGAUAGCCAUUGAAUCAUUCGAUCUCCUUUUUUUUUUUACGCGCAACUUCGCCGUGCUGGCUCUGGUGGUCGGGCGCUCGGUUCGCCCCCUCUUUUUUCUCCAUCGUCUGGGUCGCUCUCUCAGGUCAUUUCCAUGGUUUUCCGAUCGCCUUUAGAGCUUUAUCCCUCCCAUUUCUUCCUACCCAACUUCGCUGAUCGCCCGCUGCUCCUGGCGAACAGCGCGCCCGCCGCCCGGUCCCCGGAAGACUUGUCCAUGUUCCAGCUACCCACACUCAACUUCUCCCCGGAGCAGGUGGCGAGCGUCUGCGAGACGCUGGAGGAGACCGGGGACAUCGAGCGGCUGGGUCGCUUCCUCUGGUCCCUGCCCGUGGCCCCCGGAGCGUGCGAGGCCAUCAACAAGCAUGAGUCCAUCCUGCGCGCCCGGGCCGUGGUGGCCUUCCACACCGGCAACUUCAGGGACCUCUACCACAUCCUGGAGAACCACAAGUUCACCAAGGACUCGCACGGCAAGCUGCAGGCCAUGUGGCUGGAGGCGCACUACCAGGAGGCCGAGAAGCUGCGCGGACGUCCGCUGGGUCCGGUGGACAAGUACCGGGUGAGGAAGAAGUUCCCGCUGCCUCGGACCAUCUGGGACGGCGAGCAGAAGACGCACUGUUUCAAGGAGCGGACGCGGAGCCUGCUCAGGGAGUGGUACCUGCAGGAUCCCUACCCGAACCCCAGCAAGAAAAGGGAACUGGCGCAAGCCACCGGACUCACUCCCACACAGGUCGGCAACUGGUUUAAGAACCGGAGGCAACGAGACAGAGCCGCGGCGGCCAAGAACAGGCUGCAGCACCAAGCAAUAGGACCCGCCGGCAUGAGGUCCUUGUCGGAGGCCGGCCUCACCCCUCACAGCUCGGCCGAGUCGCCCUCCACCGCGGCCAGUCCCACCACCAGCGUGUCCAGUAUGACGGAGCGGGUCGACACCGGAACCUCCAUCCUGUCCGUCACCUCCAGUGACUCGGAGUGCGACGUAUGAUACACGCAAAAAAGAAAAAAGAAAAAAACAAAAAAAAGAACAAACAAAACAAAAAAACACUCAAAACACACAAAAACACGCAAGAAAAAAGAGAAAUAUUUACAGGGGAAAAAGGACCUGAGAGGAAGAAAGAAAAAAAAAGACUUAUGAAAUAUCGCGGAUGGAGGAGGCUGAUUGAUAUAAAUAUUGAAUAAAAAGAGAUAAAGCACGUUGUUUUUUAUUAUUAUUAAAAGCGCUUUUAAAAAAAGGACCCCUCCUCCUCUUCAUCAAAAGCCCCCCACACACACACCAUAGACUCUCUAUCGCAUGUUUUUUUUUUUUUUUUUUUUUUUUUCUGCAUUCUGCAAAACGCAAGAUGAUUUUUUUUUUCCAACCAGGAGCAUCAAUGCAGAUGGAAUUUUAACAUUUUCACCUUUUUUAUGAUGAAGAUGAUGAUGAAGAAAAAGCUGUCAAGAUGCACAUUUUCAUUUUUCUCCCCUACCUUUGUUUUUUUCUUGUUGUUGUUUUUGUGUUCAUCAGACAAUCAUUUUAAGUCAUAUACUGUAUGACUAAGCACCUUUUUUUUUUUUUUUUUUU